GUUCUAUUCUUACCUAUUCUUACCCACCACCGUAACACAACAACUCAUUAAACAGAUUGAAUCAGGCUUUUGGGUCUACUGCUCUCAUCUAAACAUGAGCACCGAACCUUGUUCAAAACUACGACGAGUCUACGACUCGUUGCCCCCAGAAGCUCAGAAAAUUUUGGUAGAUAAACACCUGAGUAAACUUUUGAAACUUUUACCGAAAGAGAAGGCGAAGAAUGUCGUGUCCGCGGCCACUCGACUACAGACUAAAUAUUGCCAUAUUCCCAAUCUCGAUUUGAAGGGCAAGAAGAAAGAGAUACGCUUGCUCUUGAACGACUUACGACGCGACAGUAAACGCGCCUUUCUCAAAGAACAGUCCAAUCGCGUGGAAAUCUUGUCGGAGAUCGUUGAAAGCUUGACUAGCUGGAUCGCGGAUAUAUGGAAGCUGGUGUAUGAGCACAAAGUCUUCUUUUCUCUGGCGCAUUCAGCCUUGCUUUAUGUUUGUGAGGUGAUCGUCGAACUAGGUUGCACCGGAGGAUGCAAAUGUGCUAUGGACUCCAUACCCGUAUAUCUGAGUAUCAAAAGUAGCUCAGGAAAGCUAAUAAAACGAUUCUCACAUCCAAAUAUCCAGCAUAUGGACAGAAUGCUACUCUGGGUUUGGAGAGAACUUUUUGUAUCAAUGUUGGCAGCUGGUGGUCGCCAAGCUAGGAAAAAGAUAUUAGAGAUGCUUGUGGAUAUUGAAGACAGUCUCGGAUGGGAGUCUUUAACAAAGAUAAUACAUGGUGGCAAGAAAGUCGAUUAUGAUGAUGAUGAUGAUGACGAUGAUUACUUUUGGGACUCAACGGGCUCAGACGAUGAAUCAGAGGAAGACGAUUUUGGAGAUUCCUGUGACGAAGACGGGGGUAGAUGUACCUGCGAGCUUCAUGCUCGUCAUUGGCCUUCCGCAAUCAAUGAUCAACGCAUUCAUGUUCGGGAACUCGUAGUGGAACGUCUCUGUAACCUGUUCGAGUUAGAACCUUCCCCUGCUCUCUAUCUCGCUAUACUUGCUGUUAGUGAUCAACCGGGCAAAACAACUGCGGAGCUCAUGAAAACUGUAUCUCGUAUUGCAACGAAUUCAUCCUCCACCUUUGCCGCAGCCCUUGCUAUCUAUGCCAUAGAAUGCGAGGCGCUGAAAAUUAGCAAACUCCUCGACACGCACUCUCACCUUCUCCGGUCUCAAGACGUGAAACCUUACCAGGCAGCCGUCAUAGUGUUGAUCCAAGAAACUAAAUACCGAUCACGCGCUAUCAAAAUCAUAGAGAAAGAGCUCCAAGAAACUGUUCAUUCCCUCCGACUCCUCGUUCAAUCUUCCUUUUGUGGCUUGAAAGUUGAAUCCAACAAGACAGAACUUCGACGGAUCCUCAAACUUCAGAUGGCCUCUCAACCUCGUAUUGACCGAGUCAACAACUGGGUCGACGCUGUGAUCACACCGUCGUCGGCUCUCAUUCAUCCUGUGGCAUUUGCAGCUGCAAUGGUGAUGGGCUUUCCUCCAGGGCUCGAAGAUGGCGACGACAAUGACGUGAUGAGCUACCUGGACCUAGAUCCUGAUGAUCCUGACUUGGAAGACUUGCGGGAGGAGUUUAGGCCACAGUUGAGGGACCGAUUCGACGGUUGGGUAAGUAUUGCUUUAGGAUUCACAGGAGGUCAAACUUUGUUGUCCAAACUGUAUAUUAAGAUGGCGGAGGAAAUGCCAUUCCUCUCCACCGCGGAUGUAACUCAAGAAAUGCUUAAUCGCCUUGCUGAGCGUCCCACAAAAGAAUAUGUCCUGGAUGCACUUGAGGGAUUGAGCGAGUUCGCCAAAAUGCAGCGCAAGAAGAAGGCUGUACGACAAUCUAAAAAACGAGAAGGGGUUGCAUCGAAAAAUACUUCGAGCUCAAACUCGCCUGCACCACAGCUAGGUUCUACCUCCAGUUCUAGUCCUAGAUCGAUCCCUUCGUUCUCGGUCUCGUUCUCACCGCCGCCGACCUUUCCUCCUACUGGUACAUAUGGCGGAUUGGAUGACGUUGACUGAAGCUAUUUGCUCUGAAGUAAGUGCAACAGACAAUUGUCCUCAUUCAUUAUACGCUUGCAUAACCAUUACCAACCGUUAGUGGUUUACCUACAUACGCUGACCACUUUGUUUUUUCCCUGCAUACAUAACAUCAAUAUUCUGUACUAAAGUCACAGUCCAAUUUCUCCUAAUGUUUUUGCGUUCGCAAGUCUCGUGCAUAUGCUAUCUGUUCUCCUAGUCACAGUUAUACGUCCAUAAAUUACUGACCCGAUUGUACACACUCUCAUGCCAACCUUCCUACUUAGUGUCUGGACCUGGUCUGGACCCCACAUCUGGUUCAAAGUCAUUCCAAAGUACCAACGACGAUCAU